AGGCUGCAGGAGACAUGUGCACCUCAGAAACCUCACCGUCCUUAGGAACCAAAGGCAAACCCGACUCCCCACGCCAUGGCUUGCUGUAUUGCCCGCUGCUGCAGCGUCCCCACCGGCCCCGCCACCACCAUCUGCACCUCUGACAAAUGCUGCCGCUGCGGAGUCUGCCUGCCCAGCACCUGCCCCCACACGGUUUGGCAGCUGGAGCCAACCUGCUGUGACAACUGCCCCCCACCCUGCCACAUUCCUCAGCCCUGUGUGCCCUCCUGCUUCCUGCUCAACUCCCCCCAGCCAACCCCAAGCCUGGAGACCCUCAACCUCACAACCUAUGUCCAGAGCAACUCCUGUGAUCCCUGCAUUCCAAGAAACUGCUGAUGGAUGGGGGCUCUGCUCAGCACCUGCCUUGAAGAGCCCAGAGCUGCCUGUCCAGGAUCCACUUGCCUCAGCAGUCUAGCAGAUGUGCAGGUAGACCAGCAGCUCAAGAUAUGGAAACCCCCACCUUUGAUUUCAAUGGAAAGAAAACCAAGAAUUUUUCUAUGAUUAUUUGGCUCUUAACUAUUUGGUUAAUUUGGACAAAUGAAUGUCUUCUAAUAUCAAAAUACUAUUGAAUUCUUUAAUAUUUCAGACUUUAUUUUCUCAGUCAGUAUGCUUAAUAUGCUUCCUGGGUCUUAUUUCUUGCAUUGAGUAUUUUCAUAGAGGUUAAAGAAAUUUCCCAAUGAGUUUCUCCAAUAAACUUUAAUUCCCUGGCAAGAUGUGUUCUUGUUUAUGUUAGAGUUUGUGGUAUAUUUCUUCCCUUUUAAAAAUAUCAUUUUAACAUUUAAGGAAAUAAACGAUUAAACAAAUGCCAGGAA